AUGAAGUCCCUCUUGCAUCUCUCGGCACUUGUCCUCGGACUCGCUACCGCCAAUGCCGUUACCGUAAACCAGACGACCUCGGUGUACACCUUUGCGAACGACCGCCUCUCGUUCAACGUGGUCAAGAAGAAUGGCUACAUACAGAAUCUUCUGUUCGACGGUAUUUCCGUUCUCGGCACCCUCUCAGGCAACGCGGGUCAAUUGUACACAGACUUUCCGUCGAACGGCUUCGUCCUGACAGGCAGCUCUGCGGCUGAAAUCGUGCAAGGGGCAGAUUACGCCGGCAUCGUUCUCACCGACAAUGACACCGCUUCUGGCUCCUUGGUCCAGAGGUCGUGGUUCCUUCGCGAUGGGGAGACGGGGCUUCAUUCAUUUGUCCGGCUUGCGUAUCACAACGCUACAGGGCCGUCCAAGGGCGCGCUGGGCGAGGUCAGGACCAUGUUCCGUCCUAAUGGCGGCCCUUGGACGACUCUUGUGACCAACUCUGAGCAAUGGGCGCCAAUUCCCGGAGCUGCUGCAACUGCAAAACAGGUCCAAGUACAAGACGCUACUUGGUACCUCGGUCUUACCCCAGACGACGGCUAUGUUCAGCAGGAAUCGGAUUACUGGACCAAGUACACGUUCGCCGACAACCAAACAAACAAGGCGCAUGGUUUGUACGGCCAAAGCUCGAGCGGUACUCCCGUCGGAGCGUGGUGGGUGGUGAACCAGAAGGACACCUUCUUUGGCGGACCGUACCACGUCGACUUGAUGGUCGAUGGGAUCAUAUACAACAAGCAAUCUACCGGCCAUGGUGGUGCUACGUCGCCCAAUAUCACCAAUGGCUUCGACAGGACGUUUGGCCCGCAGUUUCUGUAUCUCAACCGUGCCCCGAAUGCCAGGCAAGCGGUUGCGCAAGAUCUCUUGGCCGAUGCAGAGAAAUACGCGGACCCCGCGUGGAACGCCGAGUUCUACGAUGAAAUCGCACCCCAUGUGGUUGGAUAUGUUCCCAGCUCGUCGCGCGGUUCCUUCUCCGCUCGAGUGCAAGUACCUCAAGGGGCGACGAAUGUAAUCGCCAUUUUGAGUGCGAAUGGGGUCCACUUCCAGGAUAGCGCCGCCGAUAUCACCGCGUACCAAUACUGGGUUACGGACGUCCAGAACGGGGUAGUCAACAUCGACCGCGUCAAGGCCGGGACGUAUCGCCUGACUGUAUCUGCCAACGGCAUUUUCGGGGACUAUAUCCAAGACAACGUCGUCAUCGAGGCCAAGAAAAACACCAACGUCGAGGCGACCUGGGUAGCCGAGUCUGCGGGGACAGAGCUCUGGCGCAUCGGCGUCCCGGACAAGACCGCGGGCGAGUUCAAGAACGGCUGGGAACGCGACACGACCCACCCGCGACAGCCAUCAAAGUAUAGGAUCUUCUGGGGUGCUUGGGACUUCCCCAACGAGUUCCCGGGCGGGGUCAACUUCACUGUCGGGCAAAGCGUGGAGGAGAAGGACUGGAACUAUGUGCAUUGGUCGCAAUAUGGCCCUACCUACACUCGGAACAACACGGUGACUGACAUCAACCGCUGGACGAUCAACUUCAACAUCGACGCGGGCACCGCCAGCAAGCUCACCGCGAGCUCGGUCGCGACUUUCACUAUCCAGCUUGCCGCGGCGAAGACGACCGCGGGCAACACGGACGCGAACCAGGGCGCUUUCCCGAGCUUCCCCAUCAAUACGUAUGUGAACGAUGAGGCAGACCCGCUCGUAUGGACGAUCCAGCCGUAUGAUAGCAGUAGCUGUGGUGAACGCUCUGCGAUCUCCUGUCAUCUGCUCACACAGAAGCUUCAGUUCCCUGGUACAUCGCUGAAGGAAGGCGACAACCGCUUCGUACUCGAGCUGCCGCACGCAGCUCCCGUGUACGUGCAAUACGACGCCCUCAGGCUUGAGCUGCAAUGA